UCACUCAACUAAUUCUAAUCUCUCUUCUUACAACUUCUCUUCUUGCUCAAAAAUAUGUCUAGUUCUGUAAUUCCAUACAGCUGUGAAGUAUGGCAACCGGAUCGUAUCAACGGGAUAUCAACUACGAACGACGGUGAAAAUUGGUCACCACAGGAGCACUGCCCCGAGUUCUUGAUCGAUGUGUUCGUAACAUAUAUGAAUAAUAAUGAUGCCGUACAACACGACACAUCACUCCAUACGACACCAAAUUAUUCCUCAACAUCAAGGUACUUCCAUUUCACAAGUGAACGACACCAUUUUGUAGAGAGUAGUAUCUCAUGGUCCACAAUAUCCAACAUGCUCUCCCACAUGUUGGUUCCCUUUCAUGCUCAACCACUUAUGAUCCAAAAGAUUACCACUAUUGCUCGUGAAAUAGCUUUGCAGUCCGAAAACCUCAGCUGCAAAACUAUUUCUCUUGCUAUUGCUCUUGUCGUGGGACAAGAGCGAUUGGAGGAGGAGGAAGAAGAAGAGAUGGAUCAAGCAAACGUUUCUAAAGCAAUCGCGGGUUUAGAGAAUGUGAAAAUUGAAGAGUUAGGGGAGAAUAAUUGUGUGAUAUGUUUGGAAGAUAUGCUGUUAGGGUGUGAAGCUGCUAGGUUACCUUGUUUGCAUUUUUAUCAUGAAGAUUGCAUAUUGAAUUGGCUUGAGAAGAGUAAUUUCUGCCCCUUGUGCCGGUUUAAGAUGCCUUUAUGAGAUUAUCCUUAACGAGUUGUAUGUAUACUUAUUACAAUGUGCUUCAUUGUGAAGAACAAGAAAAAACGUUGUUAUAUAUGAACAAUAUAUUGUAUAUACAUAUAUAAGUUUCAAUCUUGAUUUACUUCUUGUUAAGGAUAUCUUUAGUUUUAUCUGACUUGUUGGUUACUAUUAUUUUCCUUUUCUCAAAUGAAAAUUUAAAGGGAAAGUUUG